UAGACUAUUAUCGUAACAACCACUCAACCAAUUAACCAGAAUCUACAAAGUGAGGAAGUGAGAGGAGGACUAGGGCCUGUGUUUUCUAGUUGUUGAAUUAUCUACCACUAUGUGAGCUCCUCCUGUUAUAACUCUAAAUGUUACACAGUGACGAUGAAGUCAGUCCUGUGUAUAUAAAGAGUUGCCUCUGUUGUUAACAGUAGACAACAGAUUUCACCUUUGAAUCUCACAAAGCUCACUUUGUAUUCGACAGGAUGAAGUUCGCUGCCGCCUUCCUGGUGUUGUUCAUGGUCGUCCUCAUGGCUGAACCUGGAGAGGGGUUUUUGGGAAUUCUUUUUCGUGGGGUCCACCAUGCUGGAAAGUGGAUCCAUGGACUCAUCCAUGGCGGUUACGACGAGCAGCAGGAGCUCGACAAGCGCUCAGUCGAUGACAACCCCGGUGCUAUUCCUCUGCUUUUCAGUGGCCUUAUGUCUCAUGUUACCGAGCAGUGAUUAGCUACAG